AUGGGUCUAGGUGUACUGGAUGUCAAGAACGAGCACGUUCCAGGUACCUCCAAUAUCUACGAACAAGACGAUGAUCGGAGCGACCACGCCGAUACCACAGGGCUGAAACACGACUGGACGACCAAAGAACCCACGAUUCUCGUUCCCCAGCCGAGUGACGACCCCAACGACCCGUUGAACUGGCCAUUAUGGAGGCGUGAUCUUAUUCUAGCCAUCUUGUCUUUCGUCACGGUGCUCUGCACCACGCUUAGCUCGAUUCUGGCUGCAAACACCGUCAAAAUCGCAGACGUCCAGCAGAUUACUUAUGUCGAGGCAGCCUUGCUCACUGGAUACCACCUUUGCGGAGUAGGUGUGGCCGGAAUCCUCAUUGUGCCCACGGCUCGAGUCUGGGGUAAACGCCAUCUAUUUCUGCUCGGGCACAUCCUGAUGAUUGUAAGUUGUAUCUGGGGCGGUGCUAGUGGUACGAAUCACAAGAGUCUGCUGUGGGCCCGAAUUUUCCAGGGAGUUGCUCUGGCCCCGUUCGAGGGAUUAGUGAAUGCUUGCGUCGGAGAUCUUUACUUUGUCCAUGAACGAGGCAAGCGCAUGGCAGUGUCCAAUGUAGCUCUCUUCGGCGCUGCAUUCUUGACACCAGUUAUUGUCGGAAAGAUGACGGUGACCAUUGGCUGGCAGUGGUCCUUUUACUUUGUGGCCGUCUUUUUGGCUGCUUCCCUACCUCUGAUGAUAUUCUUCGUACCAGAAACGGCAUACCGACGAUCUGACAAGCUUAAUACCGACUUCAAGCACAAAUCCGGACAUAGCGAGUCUACCGAGUCCCAUUUGGCCCUCCACGACCCUGUCAACGAAGAAUCCAAAUCUUUUGUCCCGGAGACUGGAGCUGUACAAGGUGCUUCACGAACGGAGGUGACCGCGACACCGAUCCCGGAGAAGGAUUCAUUCCUGAGGUCUCUACGACUUUUCACCGGACGCAAGACGGACGAAAAGUUCUGGAAGUUGCUACUUCGUCCUUUUCCCUUGUUCCUGCAUCCAGGCAUUCUCUGGGCUUGCUUGAUUCAAGGUGUAGUCAUUGGAUGGGCUGUCUUUAUCGGUGUCAUCCUCGCCCUUGUCUUUGAAGGUCCACCACUUUGGUUCCACGAGGACCAAACGGGUUACCUAUACAGUGGAGCAUUUAUUGGAUCCAUGAUCGGUCUGGUUCUGGCAGGUGUCUUGACUGAUUCCAUGACCAAGUUGAUGGUGAAAAUGAAUCACGGCAAAUAUGAACCAGAGUUUCGCAUUCUGCUGGUCGUCUUCCAGUUGGUCUUUGCAUGCAUGGGUCUCUAUGGCUUUGGAUGGACGGCAGGUGAUACUAUGAAGUACCACUGGUUGCUGCCGGACGUUUUCUUCGCGUUCGUGAUUAUCGGGAUGGUGAUGGGUGCAGUUGCUGCGUCGCUGUAUAUCGUUGAUGCCCACCGUCAAAUUGCAAUCGAGGCGUUUACCUGCCUGCUUAUUUUCAAGAAUAUGUUCAGUUUCGUGCUGACAUUCUUUGCCUACGAUUGGAUGGCCUAUGGAGGUGUGAAGCACACCAUGAUCAUUCUCGGCAGCAUCCAAGUGGGUAUCUGUUGCUUGAGUAUUCCCAUGUAUGUUUUCGGCAAGUGGAAUCGGUCUUUCUUUGCGCGCCAUGAUAUCCUCGAAAUUCUUCACCUCUGGUAA